GCCACCGCGCUGCCGGGCGGGCGGCCCCGGGUGGCGGCAGGCGCCGCCGGGCGUUGAGGGAGCCCGCCGUGGGGCCGGCGGCGAGAGAAUGCCCCUAGCCGCCUACUGCUUCCUGCGAGCCGUGGGCAAGGGCAGCUACGGGGAGGUGAGCCUGGUGCGGCACCGGCAGGACAGCAAGCAGUACGUCAUCAAGAAGUUAAACCUUAAGCAUGCUUCCAGCCGAGAGAGGAAGGCAGCGGAGCAAGAGGCACAGCUGCUCUCCCAGCUGAAGCACCCCAACAUAGUGGCAUACCGGGAAUCCUGGCAGGGGGAGGAUGGGCUGCUGUAUAUCGUUAUGGGCUUCUGCGAAGGAGGAGACCUCUAUCACAGACUCAAGGAGCAAAAGGGCAAACUUCUGCCAGAAAAUCAGGUGGUAGAAUGGUUUGUCCAGAUUGCCAUGGCAUUGCAGUAUUUACACGAAAAACACAUUCUUCACAGAGAUCUUAAAACUCAAAAUGUUUUUCUGACAAGAACAAAUAUAAUCAAAGUGGGUGACCUGGGAAUAGCCAGAGUGUUGGAAAACCAGUGUGACAUGGCCAGCACUCUCAUAGGCACACCGUACUACAUGAGCCCUGAGCUCUUCUCUAACAAGCCCUACAACUACAAGUCUGAUGUUUGGGCUUUAGGCUGCUGCGUUUAUGAGAUGGCCACACUGAAACAUGCAUUUAAUGCUAAAGACAUGAACUCUUUGGUUUAUCGAAUUAUUGAAGGAAAGCUGCCACCCAUGCCAAAGGAUUACAGCCCACAGCUGGUAGAAAUAAUACAAACUAUGCUCAGUAAAAAGCCUGAGCAGAGGCCUACUGUGAGAAGCAUCCUGAGACAGCCGUAUAUCAAGCACCAAAUUUCGUUGUUUUUGGAAGCCACAAAGAUGAAAGCAGCCAAAAGUCCUAAGAAAAUGGCAGAUUCUAAACUUAAAGAUGCUUCUUCUGUGGUCCCAGUGAAGAAUGAAUGUCAUAACAAGGACAUUGCACCCCCAAGCAGUUCCUCUGAGCGAGGCAGCAAAUGCAGAGUUAAUGAGGAAGAUUGUGCCGUCAAAUACAAAGCCAGCAAGUUUUGUCCAUCAGAGAAACCAGCUGUUGAGCUGAGUACAAAACCACGCAGUAAUGAUUUGGACAACCUGGGAGGCUCCUUGGCUACGAUUAGUGGAGUGAACAUUGAUAUCUUACCAUAUGAAAAGAGAAACUGUGGAAGUGAGAAGAGUGAGCAUAUGCCAGAGGGUCAUAAAGCAAAGAGUGUGAAUGCUUCAGGGAAUUCUGAAAUAAUAUCCAGUAAUCCUCCAAUGAAAACUGAUGGACUACAGAAAAAGACAAAGCAAGCUUCUAAAGGGAGAAGUGUUGAUUCUAAGCACUCUUCUGUUGAUGCUGUGGAAGAUGAUGAUGACACUUUGAAACUCCUGCAGCCUGCAUUGAAAGACCAAAAGCAAACUGACGUGGAUGUUGUCUAUCGUGGAGCUUCAGGAGAUGCUCAGGAAAAAGUUCUCUCUCAAUUACAGCCUCAUGGUUCUACUCAUGAGCCCUCUGUCUCACGGCAGCAAUGGCAGAAGAAAAGAGAGCUGGCUGAAGUCUGUUCAGAGAAGUUCGGAGCAGUUUCUCCUCGGCCUUUACCUUUUGCUACUGAUGUGAGUGUGAAGGCAGCACAAAGCUGUGCAGAGGAGCGUGUUGCCAACAUCUCUGCACCUGCCAGCAGCGCCAAAACCAGUCAAGAUGCCAUUGCAAAGGGGCGGCCUUUGUCAGCCAGAGAGCGGAGGCGGCUGAAGCAGUCUCGGGAGGAGACGUUUCCCUCUGUGAUCCCAGCAAGACGAACAGGAAGUAGUGCAGUAGUUGAAGGAAAAUCUCAUAUGGAAAAUCGUGUUAAAGUUGCUCAGUCUUCAUCAGAUCCCAGUGCUUCUCAGAAAAGCAGAGAAACCCACUGCCUGUCUGAUGAUGAGCUGAGCUCUUCCACAAGCUCUACAGAUAAGUCUGAUGGAGAUUGCAAGGAGAAAAAAAGCAGUGUGAAUGAAGUGAAUGAGCUGAUGCAGCUGAUGAUUUGCACACUGAGAGUGGACCCCAAGGAGAGCUCUGAGUGCUCUGUAACCUCAACUCCAGCCCCGGAGUUUAAACUGCAUAGGAAAUACCGAGACACUUUGAGUUUGCAUGGAAAAUCAUCAGAGCCAUCAGAGGACUUCGAAUUUGAAGAGAUUCCUUCAGACAUGUUAUCAGGUCCUGAAAAGAUGAGGAGAAUGGUUGAGGUCCUGAGGUCUGAUGUGGUGCGAGGACUGGGUGUGAAACUUCUUGAGAGGGUGUACAGCAUUAUGGAAGAAGAAGAUGAAGUGAAGAGAGAGCUGCAGUUGUGGGAGCACAUGGGAGCCAAGUAUGUGAGCUACAGUGCGAAGGCACGCCACCUGAAGUUCCUUGAAGAAAAUGGGGAGUUCUGAGCAGAGCCUUUUCCGGAGCAAAGAGGACAGAGCUGUCCAUCUUGUCUGAUGCAUUGGAUCAGCUUGAAGAGCGUGUUUUUCCACUGACCUCCUUGGCUGCACAAACGUGCAAAAAAACAUUAUACUUUGUAGCAAUAUUUUUCAUGUUAAAAUGCUUUCUCGGAAGAGAAACUUUGUUUAGUUUUUAUUCUCUUAAUUAAACUUCAUUUUUUCUAUA